AUGUCUUGUGGUCGGGCGAGACGGACGCGUGAGACGUCAACAGAGCCGCUUGAAACAAACGACGCGACGCCCGAGCCCAGCAACGCGCAUGGAACUACUGCAACCACCCUUCACCCCACGAUUGAGAAGCCGAGCGACAUCACCGCGCCCAAUGAAGACCGUUUUGAGCGCGCCGCGAAUCCAGUGAGCGCAAGUGUACGGUCUAGUGUUGAGAGUCGCGGCAGCAAGAACGAUGAUGUCGAGCUGGCUGUCAUUUCGGAGAAGUCGAAACCAAGUGCAGGAUGGAUGGUCGAACAGAGGGUCCUAGUCACAGCUACAUCCGCCACAAAGCAAGACACAUCGUCAGUAGCCGAGGAGCAGGAGCCUUCGCAGCAACUCGACCAAAAGCACGAGGAACACCAUGCUCGUGCAGUCACCCCGCCUGUUCGCUGCGCCACCCCUGAACAGGAGCCGUGGAACUCGACUCCCGUCGCCUAUACCCAAGUCGAGCCUGAAGUCCACGACAUUGCCGCCGCUGCGCCUGUGCGAUGUGCGACACCUGAACCAGAAACCCGUGCGAUCACCCCCGAGCAGCAACCCGAACCGAGUACCCCGUCUGUACACGAUGAGACACCAGAACUGGCUAUCGAUGAAGUCACAUCCACCAGUUCCGACGUUGACGAUGUUGUUGAAGACAUCCCGGCACCCAAGAAGACCGCACCACUUUGCUUCCUCGACAUGCCGCCAGAGAUAAGGAACCGCAUCUACGAGCGCAUGAGCGAGGAGGUGCCCAUCAGGAUGUGCCGUCACGAUGAUCCGGCACUGGUAUGCCACCAGCUUCGCGAGGAGUUCCUACCGAUAUACGCGGAGAAGGCACACUACAUCAUCGACCUGUGGAGCCAGAAGUCGAACCUGGUCAAGAUUGAUUCGCUCAAGGGCCAUGUCUCUUUGGACAUCGAUGCUGCGUGCUUCGACAUGGAGCCCAUUGACCUGUUGCCGCUCAUCCGAUGCCUUGUCCGCACGCGUCGCACCGAUUGUCGUUUCACCUCCACAGAGGGAGUUGUCUUCCGCAGCAUCUCUGAGAUCGUCGGCGAGCUUAACAAGCUGCUACCAAACCCUGCCAACAGCAACCAAAGCUGGCUUACCGCAGUCAACGGGCCGAUGAAGAGGAUCGACUUGCACCUGUUUCCCCACGACGACAUCCGACAAUACUACCGAUUCCGUGGUGCCGAGCCCCUGCUGCGCGUAGUCUACCCAUCGGCCGUGAGUGAGGAGUGGAUGAAGCGGGCCUCCAAGUCUGAGGGAUACGAAGCGUACUUGCAAAAGACUGGAUUGGACAAGUUCGAGAUGCACGUCGUUAUCGGCCACGCUUCUCGACGGACUACAAAUGAAGGUCGCCUGCCGCUUGAUUGGCGCAUGAGCUACCAGCUAUCGAGGCACUCCAUUGACAGCCGCGCUCCCCGCAUGUCUAUGGAUAUCGCAGCUGCUCGCAUGUCCAUCGACAGGGCGCCUCGCAUGUCAUAA